UGUCAUCGUACUAUGUGCCACAGACUGUGCUUGUCCGAGAGAAAUGUAGCUGGAUUGUUGUUGGUCCAACGCAGAGUUCUCAGCGUUCCUGACCACGUUCGUUUGUUGCAGUACACGCGAUACGACGCUUGUUAUCAGGCGAGAGAGACAGUUUAUGUUUGUUUUUGUGUACUUCUCCCCGACUUGAUUUAAUAACGAUCGUGAUGAUUGCGUUGCCUAGAACCUACGGGAUCAACAAAAUUCUUCUGCAGAAAUGACGGUUGCAGACGAAAAAGGCGGCGAUGCUGAAAGCUGCGCGGCUGAAGAAGCUGCCACGGAAAAGACCUCUAUCGUCGAUUUUUAUCGGACGAAGAUCAAACGCGUGAAAAGCGAAGUGGAUUUGGAUGUCGAGGAAGUUUUGUCCACGACGUCCUUUCCUCCAAUCACAAAAACUACGAGCAAAAAGUCGCUUUUAGCUGAAGAUCCGCACGCGUCGCCCGCAACAUGUUCGACCGUGCCGAGCACCUUGCGACGCGGAUCACCGUCCUGCGGGGGGCUUUCGCCCGAAGUUCUGGGCGGCGCGGAGCACGACGAGUCGCCGCGAUUUGCCACCUCAGCGCUGCGAAACCUCGAAGUGAACAAAUACAGCCAGUUUCUACGCAAGUCCCCUGUGAAAGUGGUCACCGCGGCGGAAGUUGUGGCGUCCCCCACAGACAAAAGCAAGCUCCACAAACUGCGAAGCGUGCCGCGGGUGGACUUGUCAGGGCUAUUGGAUCGGGAUGUGCAAAGGCGAGCUGAUGUUGGUAAGACGAGCGAGGCCACGGGAGUGCGAGGGGUAUAACUCGGUCGACUAAAUAUGCUCAGUCUUCUUGUAGGGAGUGCUGAAAAAAAAAACAGAAAAAAGCUUUCAUUUUCCUCGACAUCACAAUCACUAAAUGAAGGUACAGCAAUUUGCAGAUUUCCGCCAAAAAAGAGACGACCUGCGUGAAGAAGAGGGAGUAAUUCAGGGACCAGGCGCAGCACGGUCACAAGCUGUAAAUACCGGCUCCGAAAGCAGUAGCAGAAUGAAUCUCGUGCCCGAGGUUUUUGUUUCCUGGAAGGAAGAGGUUACGCAGCGACGCAUUGCUCGGGAAUUCCAGGAAACGCUCACCCGCCAGCUGCAGCAGUUCCACUCAGCGGAGUUUCAACCCGGGGACCUGAGCAUGAACCUGACGCCACGGUCGCCAGGUCGCCCCGAUUCGCUGACCGUGUCUCCGGAACUGCUCGGGCACGACAUUCGCCGCUCACUCGAAAAGCGCUCGCAGGUGAAGGCAGCAAUAAAAAGACUCGAAGGGUGGAAGACGGGGGCUGCUGUUGCCGCCGUCCGGCGGGAAGAUGAAGGCACUCCGCCGCUUGCCGCAGCGGCCGAGGAGGAGAAGAUCGUAGUCGCCAACGAGUCACUGAGUAAAGAGCAAACAACAUGCGGAAACGCAAGCUGUGUCAAUGAGGAUGACGUGGUGGUGCAGCUGGAUCAUGAAGCAGGGGAUGAAAGACAGGAUGCUUGCGGCGGUGAGAAUCCCGGUCGGCCAUCUCGUGCUCAGGAUGCGCCUCUUGAAGCGGACCCGCCCGGCAACAUCACUGGACCUGAGCGAGUAAUAAGCAGCGACGUUUCAAACGAUACGAAUCUGCGAUUGCAGCGCACACGCACCGCGGACGAUCCGUUCUCGGGAUUGCGCAGCCCGGCGCUGUUGUCUCCGAGUGUGGUCGACCGCAGCGACGAGUUUCAGUUUCGGAACUCUGGCAGUUCCGACUCCGCGUACACAUCGCCCUUGGGAGACCUUGGCGGGCUUUCACUAGGAGCACCGGUCGUGCGAAAAAUGUCUUCGGCGCCCGAACUCGGAGUCGCCUUCGCGCACUUCGCGUCUAAUUGUAGUGUGGAGGUGCAAGAGCCUGGCGUUCAGUUCGUUCGCUCAGAGCUUGAGGAGCAGGAGAGCACAUUUUUGUCCCACGGUCAGAACAUCAAUCACGAAGUCCAAGCAAGUCUUGUGCGCGGUGGAGCAGAGGGGUGGAAUAGUAACCCACACGAUUACAACAACCACCGGCAGCAUCCAGAAAGCGUUGACAUUGUCACGGCGCCGCGGUUGCUGUUUCGAGAAAAGGUGUGCGAGCGGGCUGUCCGAAACGCUCUGAAGCGCCCCGAUGUCACUUGUCGCGCUGGAACAAGCUACGCGAACCCGACGCUGGCGAGUCGCAGGCGGAAGGAAAGGUCCAGCUUCGCAACUCCGGAUCAAACCGAUCAAGGGUGGUGCUCAAGUACGAACAUUGACCACGGCCCAAAGCCGAAGAGCAUUUUUCGCGAGUCGAAGAAAGCGACAAACAAGCAGGAGUCUCUCCUUUACGCAGCCGAUGUGGUACUACCGAGCAGGCAGGACGGCGCGACGUCUGUGAACUACUACUGCCACCGUGGGUCGCCUCGACUAGUGCAACGCACGAGUCCUGGCUUCUCCGAGCUGUCGCUUGGAGAUGAAAGCAGCAUCGACACAGUUGGCGGGAGUUGCAGGGCGGGAGAGGGGAGUCUGUGUGCGCCGCUCGCUCCUGGUUGUGCUAUUUCUAGCUCCGAGCAAGACGUGGUGCUUCUUUCGUCCCCGCCAACGGGGAUGCCAACUGUGAUGGCGAACGGACCUGUGUCCUCUACAAGCAGAAAGGCGCAAAUCCAAAUGUCGCUAGGAAACCAGCGGCGACGCACACUGCCUCCUGCAAGUACUUUCCGUCCGCGUGACUGUGACGCUACGAUUCAGAAUCAUCCUGCAAAUCCCCUGUGUCGGAGCGAUAAUCCUGUUCGGCCGCCACCACUGCAGAGGCCUGCACCGGAGAAAGAGAUCAACAACAAACGCCAGCUGGUACCGCAGCGACAGCGCUCCUUCUCCUCAUUGUCGCAGAUGUCGGAGCGCUCCUUAAAGGUGGCGGCCAAGCAGGCGACGAAAACGAUGCGAACUAGAUCCCCGGCUGCAGAUGGGGCAAAAAGUGGCACCAGUGCUGGGUCGAGCGCAACGAAGCCUGCAAGCCUAUUGUUCCGUCGAAGUUCGCAGACCAGAAAGAGUGGAGUGUCGAGAAGCCCCCUCGUGUCUCCAAGACCGCUCUCGCCUCCAGUAUACGCCGGAGACAUUAUCACAAGUGCCCGGGCCGGGGGUUCUAGUCAGCCGUCGCCGGAACGGAACGCUGCUGAGAAAAGCACCCUGCUUGCCACUGCGAGAGAUGCGCAGGCAGAAAAAAUCAAGAAGAACUUGAACAGAUCUACUCUCGCACCGCCAAUAAUUUCGAACAGAAAGUCGUGUGUGCCAUCUCCAUCUGGUAGGCCGACCGCGGGUGCUAUUGCUGUACCGAAUGCGCAACGCCUCGCGCAACUAGCUCGUCCCCGGCGUGAUCCCCGGGAGUCUCCGCUCAGCUCGCCGACACUUAGAACGUCGAGUCCGGGCUUGCAACAGGGUGAGCCACGUAAUUCUCCCCAGGCUAGUAGCAAAACAUCAAUCCGUGAAGCGUUGCAACGCUGCAGGCCCGCGCAAGAGCGGCGACAAACACUCCCGGCAAGACCUGCGGACACGAGCCGCAACGACACACGAAGCGGGCAGUUAGCGAACCAAUUUCGGUCUCCGCCUGGAAAUCCGACUUGUGCAUCAGACGUUCCGCUAGCGCAGGUGGUAGAAGAAGCUGCGAAGAAACGGAUUGACGAGAUGGCCACGGAGUUGUCGACCGCCCUGGAUCGCGUGCGGGCCCUCUUUCCCGACACGGACGAGUGGACCAGCGGCAGGGAAAGCACCGUGACAAGCGAACGUUGUCCAGUUCCUGCUCAGAAAGUUCGCCAAGUGCCGGCUUCGCAAACCACCCCAAGUCCUCGUGUAGAGCUGCAAGAAAGUGCGGCAAGUACUAGACCCCCUGGAGAAAAAAGCUACGAAGAGCAGAAAGCUCCUGUGCGGCCUCUGGCACAGCGACGGCAACAUUUCGGUAGAACGACUUCUCCUGAUAGGCGAAUACAACGCGGGAGAUUUGGAAAAAAGCCGCAGACCGGCCGGCUGUACGUACCCCGUCCCGCACUUGAUAGUGUACCCGAGGAGCAGGGGACAACAAAUUCGAUUUCACCAAAUAAAGACGAGAAAAGUUGUGAUGCAGCAAAUACAGCUGCAGCUCGUUCAGCUAGUCCCGCUUCGCCCGAGUUUUCUCGUGCGCUCGCCGCCGGCGUCGCUGCGCAGCUUCGGACAGUUGUGGAGAAGCACUUCAUCGUCCAACAGCCGCCGAUUACUCAAGCAGACAGCAACGGGGUUUUCAACGUGGCGCAUCAGUCUCCCGGGGCGUGCUCUACCUCUACGCGUUACUGCAGUCCAGCAGACGAUUUGGACACAGUUUGUUCCAGUGGAGGAAAGAUAUUGGACGCACCUGUUGCCCUCGACGCGGUGCGCGUAGAGCAAAGGCAAGAUCAGGCUCCUGCGGUUCAGGCGCGGGCAGGUCUGGCGUUUCCGGUGACGCCGCCCGAGUCGCCAAGCCAUACCGGAUUAUGCUUGCGCAAUUACCCCCAGAGCCUAGAGCGCAAGGUGAAACUGCCGGAGCGACGUUCGCUGUAUUUGCCCCAAGCCGGGGAUGCUGUGGACGAGGCACUCGCGGAAUGGCACAACACUGUUUCUCGUGCGGAUGAUGAGAAGUUCGUGUUUCUGCGUGCAAACACCUACUCCUAUCGGGAUCGUGUUGUACGCAUUGGGUUUUCCUCCAAUUGCGGAGAGAAGCUGAGAACGAGCACCAGUGCUAGGAAACACGCGAAUGAACGGCAUCGAACGGAGCCAGCGCUUGGAAAUCACCUCGUUGUGGAAUGUGAAGCGACGAGGGAUGACGUGACCGGCCCGAAACUGCUGCUGCUCGACGAUUAUGUGAAGGAAGUGAACUCCUGCUCUGUAUCACCACGAAGUUCCAGCUCCACGCCCCGCCCGCGUUCAUAUAAGCACACGAAAGCAGAUGUGGCUGAGAAAGAAAGCGAAAGUGAUUCCUCGCCUCUCCACGCGGCAACCAUAUACGCACCAGCAUCAAGCAGAGGCAGAGCUUCUGCUGUCGCACAUGCGACCAAAGAUCUUCACGCAGUGCCGCAGCUCCGCAGGGCUACUCUUCUGCAGCACCGGCCGAACCCUUUCACAACAGCGAUGGGGUCAUCGACGCAUGCAAGCGCUGCACCACCGCUGUCGCCACCGUUGUCGUUCCCUCCGCUUGCGUCGCCACCACUCGGCUCACCGAUCGGGUCGACGGUCUUUUAUCCCGAAACAGCGUCGCAAACCUUUACGCCAGUUUUUGGCACUCCCGGUAGCCACGCUGCGAGCAACAUUACGAGCGCUGCGGCCUCCGCACCGACGGCCGUGGUCCAACACCAAACGCGCACGAUCGGAUCCACUUACCCUAGCCUGCUGUCCAGACCCGUAAAAAUCGCCGAGCAGCGCGCUGUCCAACCUGUCACGAAGACCUGCUAUAAUGUGGUGAACUCUUUUAUCUCCCCACGAAAAAAGGAGCUCACGAGCGCAAUUCGCUCGCCGAGUCUCGCGCCCACCGUCGGAGGAGGUCAACUUCUACCGACUGCAAACAGGAUGAGACGAGUCCCUGCUGCAACGGAAAGUCCCCAACUUCUUCUGACUCCGCCCCGUGACCUGCACUGUGGGCACCGGAAAGAACAGCUUACUGCUCAACAUCCAGUUACGACAGAGAUCGGGGAGAGUCAUGCGUCAAGCCUUUCGUCGUCCUCCAACGAGGAAGAGUCAAAGUAUGGUUUGCGACCGCCCAAUCUGCAGUUUGAUUCGCGUGGGUUCCGCCGAUCGAGUCGCCGGUGUCGCUUGCGCAAGAAGUCCUUCAAUUUCCAGCCCUGGCUGCGCAGAGCCGGGAUUCAUGUGGUUUGCAGUCCAAACAAGCACGAUGGGAAGGUGGCCGGAAAUAAUGGCGGGAGCGGGUUGACACGACGCAAGAGCUACGCCGCGGUGCCGGUGCACGGAGCGGUCUGAGUGCUCAAUUCUCGCCAGAUGGUAGCUGGAGCGAUGGCAAAAUAUGAUAUGGUUUUUGUUGAAGUUCGCAUUCGCAAGGUUUUUUUAGAUUUAUGAAAAUGAGAUACACCUCAAUGAAACGUACGUCUCUCGCAAUCUCCCAUCGGACCAUGAGUAUAUUUUCUUUUCCGUCUACUUUCGCUUUCUCCAUUUUGCCGAACCGUGACCGACCGAGAAAUAGUUCUUCACGUGUGCCAUCACACAAUGUAAGUACCAACCCUGAUGCCCUAAAGUGUUUUGCGACUCGAAGCCGAGCUCCUGCAUACAUUAAUACAAAAAAACAAACUUGUAUUUGUACUUGCGAACUGCUCGAUGUAUGUUUGGUAUCGGAUUUGGGGAAGCGGCGAGGAAUCGCUCU